AUGGCCAGGCCAAGGCAGCUGGUCCAGGCUACGGUGAUCCUCCUCCUAGCGACAUGGUUCCUCCGGAGCUCGUCAGCUCCGGCCAUGCUUGCGCUCCCGCCGCCACCACAACCACCGGACACCCUCUGCAUCCCCUACGAGCGGGAUGCACUUCGCGAGUUCAAGGCUAGCCUCACCGACCCGGGCAACUACCUCUCGUCGUGGCGAGACGAUGAGUGCUGUCGAUGGAUAGGCGUCGAGUGCAGCAACCGAACUGGCCACAUCAUCAAGCUCGAGCUUAUCGGGUCUAACACCAUGGGUUGGCCUAUGGGAGGUGAGAUAAACCCCUCCUUGCUCACUCUACGACAUCUGAGGCAUCUUGAUCUCUCGUUCAACGACUUUGGUGGCAUGCCCAUUCCGGAGUUCAUCGGCGGUCUUGGGAGCCUGACGCAUCUCCUCCUCUCUGGCUCGUUUUUCGGCGGGCAAAUCCCUCCCCACCUCGGAAACCUCUCCAACCUGCUCAUCCUUGACCUAUCAAAUCAGAUGCACAGUUGUUACUCGCCCGACCUCGCAUGGGUCUCGCAGCUAUGGAAGCUACAGUACCUUGGCAUGUCUCAGGUGGACCUCAGCGCCGCCGUCGACUGGGCUCAUGUUGUUAACAUGCUCCCCUCCCUCAUAACUCUUGAACUACAAUCUUGCGGGCUUCGGAGCACUAUGCCUCCACCGUUGAACUCCAACCUCACAUCACUAGAGAACCUCUACCUCGACUCCAACUCCUUUAACUCAUCCUUUGGAGCCAACUACUUGGCUUGGGAUCUCCCUGCUCUUAGAGUGCUUUCAAUGUAUAGCUGCGGGAUUUGUGGUUAUAUCCCUUCCGCGGUCGGAAACUUUACCUCCAUCCGAUCAUUGGUCCUUGACAAUAACAACUUCUCCGGGAUGGUGCCAUCGACCUUCAAGAAACUCAAGGAACUACAAAUGCUCAGAUUAUCACACAACCUCAUUAGCGGGGCCAUAGAAGAUCUAUUGUUGCAUAGAUUGCCAACAGAUGAGUUACAAGAGUUGCACUUGGACCACAACAGCUUGACAGGGAGAAUCCCAGCUCGUUUAGAGCACUUUAGCAGCUUGACCACACUUCGGCUGAAUGACAACAAACUAUUUGGAGAGGUACCCGUUGGUAUACGAGAACUCACAAAUUUAAAGGAGUUACAGUUAAACUCAAACAACCUACAUGGUACAAUCACUGAAGACCAUUUCAUGAACCUGACUAGCCUAGAAGUGUUGUGGCUCUCCAAUAAUUCCUUAACCGUGUUGGUUAACAACACAUGGAACACUCCAUUCAAAUUAACUUCAGCGAGCUUUAGAUCUUGCAUCCUAGGACCACAGUUUCCAACAUGGAUUAGCCAAACAACACUCGGCACUCUUGAUAUUUCAAACACAAGUAUACAUGAUUCCAUUCCUGAUGAGUUUUGGACUGCAGUUUCCCGUGCUAAAAUUUUGGAUUUGUCGGGAAAUCAAAUUGUUGGCAGGCUUCCCACAGUUUUUCUGUUUGGUGGAUUGGAAGCUAUGAUAUUGGAUAUCAGUUCUAACCAGCUUGUUGGCCCGAUUCCAACACUCCCAAAGAGCCUUCUCUACUUGGACCUCUCUGGGAACAACCUGUCAGGCAAACUGCCAACAGAUAUUAGAGCACCAGAGAUGCAAGUGCUCAUGCUCUUCAAAAAUUCCUUUUCUGGCAUCAUUCCAUGCUCCCUGUUUGAGUUGGAACAAUUGAAUUUCUUAGACCUAUCAGAGAACCAACUAAAUGAGACAUUGCUGGAUUGCCCUCACGCACCAGAAACUUCAAAUCUUUUCAAGCUUAGCUUGCAUAACAACAAUCUUUCGGCAGAAUUUCCAUCGUUUCUUCAGAGGUGUAAAGAACUGAAAUUCCUUGAUCUAGCAUACAAUCAAUUUUCUGGGAGCUUGCCGACGUGGAUCGGUUCAAAGUUACCAUACUUGGCAUUUAUGCGGUUGCGGUCAAACAUGUUCUCUGGUGGUAUCCCUGUUGAACUCACCGGGAUGAAGGGGCUUCAGUAUUUAGACAUUGCAAGUAAUAACAUCUCAGGGGACAUACCAAUGUCAUUUGGGAAUCUCAUGGCUAUGGCUCAUACUCCCAACCAACAAGAUGCCCUUUUCCAAAUUGUCCACUUUCGAUCGGCUUCCACAUAUAUGUUCCUCAUCGAUCCCUCUGAUAUGGGUAGUUUGGUGGUGGUCACAAAGGGUCAAGAGCUCGAAUACACAACAGGAAUCGCGUACAUGGUGAACAUUGAUUUUUCCUGCAACAGAUUAACAGGGAAGAUUCCUCGGGAAAUCGGCAUGCUUGUAGCAUUAACAACCCUAAAUUUGUCUUGGAAUCAUCUCAGCGGCAUGAUACCCCAAACUAUUGGUGAGCUACAGGCAGUAGAAUCUUUCGACCUCUCUCAUAACGAGCUCUCUGGUGAAAUCCCUACAAGUUUGGCAUCUCUAACAUCGUUGACCCAUUUGAACUUGUCAUAUAACAACCUGACGGGAACUAUACCAUCUGGAAAUCAGUUAAGGACUCUGGAUGACCAGCCAUCCAUAUAUGUUGGCAACCCAGGUCUCUGUGGUCCACCUAUAUCAAGCAACUGUUCAGGAACUGGAAUCACCCCACGGGCUCUUGAAGAUGGGCAUGAGGGCGUGAGCGAUGGGUUGUCACUAUACCUCGGUAUUGGCACCGGGUUUUUAGCUGGUCUCUGGAUUGUCUUUUGUGGCUUCUUGUUCAAGCAGAAUUGGAGAAUUCGUUGGUUCUCAUUUUGUGACAGCGUGUAUGAUUGGAUUUAUGUGAAAGUGGCACUGAGUCGGGCUUCACUGGCAAGAAAAAUGCCAGUAAGGGCUGGCUGA